UUCAAGUUCCCGAGGACUUAUCCAGGGAGAAUCAAAAUUUAAGUAACGCAAUAAGAGUGGCUGCGUGGCUGAUCAUCUUCAUUGUGUGCAUCUUGCGCAUACGCAGUAUCAGGUUCCGCUCGACUAAUUCUAGAGUCCAGGCUGUGUCAGUGGCGUGCAUGCAGCAAGUAUAUAAUAUUUCUAUGCGAGUGAGACAACUGGAUUCUGCGUCUACCUCUUCUCUUGUGAUGCAUCAUACUCACUCCAAAUUUGUGCACUACACAGUCAUCAUCGUUAGCCAGAUUUUCAUUCUGGCAUUUGGAUACGGAUUUCUUGGUGCUGUUGCUUACUAUGAGUACCUUGCUCCAUCUGAUUCAGUCUGCGAGACAAUGAAGAACCAUCCUGGGGAGGUAACAAUGCUAGUCGCAUUGAUAGCGACUGUGCUAUCAGUCAUCACUGCUACCCUUUUCACGCUGUCCGUUAAAGAGGCACUAAGACAUCGGAUAUGCCAGCCCAUUUCCCUAAUUCAACUGAGCGCUGGUGUCGCUUUAGCACAGGGCUCUCAUAUUCUCAGCCAUCGACACGUGGAAUUGACAGUCCUGACGCUGUUUAUAUUUGGGGUGCUGAAGCUCUUAACGGCCGGGUGGACAACUCUCUUGACACCGACCUACUUCAUGUGGCCAGUACAGAUGAAUGGAUCUGAAAUUGACAUAACUGGAAGCACGUUUGCCACUUUGCUCCAAGAAGAAUUCCUGGCAAGUGGUCUCAUCCAGAACGAUGCUUUCGAAGUUCUCGAUAUCGGUGGAAUGCUCAGUGGAGUUGCUGCUGCAGGGUUUACCUUCGGUCUUCCUGGGACAUUCAAUUUUAAUGGUGCAAAAUACAACAUAUCCACUCAGGGGGUCGUGCCUACCAUUGAGGCAUUUUCCGGUUCGGAUGGAAUUCCGGGUGCUAAUGGUACUCCUCUCGGGUUUUCCGGUGGAAAUGUCACAGUCAACACAGGAGUCGUACCCGGAUUACACUCUCGUGUACCUAUUCCUGAAGGUUUUAGCACGAACUAUUCGAUGUGGCAACAAGGGUUGACAGCGAAUGUCAGCUGCCAGGCCAUUGACUCGAGUCAAACGCAGUACCUUUGGAACACGAACAACUCUGACGUCAUCUAUACCAACCCAGCUGCUUCGAGCAACAACUUCAUUACUGGCCUUCGCUUGUGGAAUAUCAGUGUAAACUGUGGUACCAAUAUCUCGACAGCAUACGAAUAUGUGACCAUGGUGGAUGCCAAUGGAAAUGGAAAUUUAACAGGGAAUGGCUUUCUUCCAUCUGUCGUGUGCCUAGGACCAACGGAUAUGAACCAAAAUUAUACAAGCUUCACCAUUUUUACGCAAGGGUUUUACAAGUAUGAUUUCCUUGAAGCAAGCGUGUGCGAAGUGGUUCCCCUGUUGACCACAGUCCGCGCCGAUUACUCCAACGAACAAAUUUCUUCUGAGAUCAUCUCAUCCACUCCUUUCCAGUCAGAGAAUGCCGAGCUACUGUUAUUUAUCGCUGGAGUCGCCAGGUAUCAGUCGAUAAACUCACAGGGACUUACGAGCAGCACCAUUGGGGAUACCCUGUACUCUACCUAUUCUUCGACUACUACUGAAUACGUCAAUAACAAUCUCAAUGACACACAGGUUUACCUUGAGCUCGAGGAUUACUGGCGUGGUGUUGUUGAGUUUUCCGCCACGUUUCUUCGCUCCGGGUUCAUGGCCACAGGCAGCUUCCCCGAUAAUAUCAUCCCGAACAACCUCUCUUCGCUAGUCAACGGGACGAUGUUCAUAUCGACAAUAGGCUGGACUCGCUGGACUAAGAACUCGCCGACGUAUCUGCUCGCUACAGUGCCGCUCACCAUUAUCACCAUCCUCACUUUCUCCUGCGCGUUGUACAGUCUUCUGGAGACUUUGGAAGAACAUCGAAAUCACAGUCACAAGGCGCACUUCAAUGUGUCAAACACAAUUCAUCUCGUUAUGCUAUGCGCUGCUGGAAGUCUCAAACUGGCAGAUUUCGGCAAUCGCAAGGGGAUCAAGAAAAAUGAGGUUGUGAAGGUUCACCUAGAGGAACUCCACUCCCCCCGGCUCUCAACUUGAAGUUAGAGCGAGGUCUGGAAACGCGAAGGGGAUGCAUUGUUUUCAGCCAUAUCGCGUAAUGGUAGUGUCUGUUCUCAGUUGUAUGUAA